CAGUGGUAGGAGCUGAUGGGUGGAACAAACGGGGCAUAAAAAGACUAAUAUGACUAACGGAUCCUGGAUGCGUGGUACCCUUAUUUGGAUCUACAGGAAUGUAGGCUCUAGCAGUUCUGCAGCUCUACCAGCCUUUUGCCUGACACUGGAACUGCUGCUCACAAAGUAGAAUCCUGCUGCUCUGUGGUAGGAAGGAUAGAGAAAGAACAUGGCCUGCAUUUUGAAGAGAAAGUCCAUUGUUGCUGUGAGUUUCGUUGCAGCAUUCCUCUGUCUGAUCAUCGUUCGUCUCACCAAUGAAGUAACUUUCCCUUUGAUCCUAAACUGCUUUGGACAAACCAGUGUCAAAUGGAUACCAUUUUCUAAUGGCCAAAGGCAGCCUCUGAGAACUCAUUAUGGAUAUAUAAAUGUGAAAACACAAGAGCCUCUACAACUUGACUGUGACCUCUGUGCCAUUGUUUCAAAUUCAGGACAGAUGGCUGGCCAGAAGCUGGGAGCUGAGAUAGACAAGUCCUCCUGCAUAUGGAGGAUGAACAAUGCUCCCACAAAGGGCUAUGAGGAGGAUGUUGGGAAGAGGACAACCGUAAGAGUGGUCUCUCACACAAGUGUGCCUCUCCUACUCAAGAAUCCCGAGUACUUUUUCAAAGAAACCAACAACACUGUUUACGUGAUCUGGGGACCUUUUCGAAACAUGAGGAAGGAUGGAAAUGGUAUUGUGUACAACAUGCUGAAGAAAACUGUUGACAGCUACCCAACCGCCAAAAUCUACGUGACAACAGAAAAGCGCAUGAGUUACUGUGAUAUAGUAUUUAAGAAGGAGACGGGAAAAGACCGAGUCCAGUCAGGUUCAUAUCUCAGUACGGGUUGGUUUACCUUAAUUUUGGCUAUGGAUGCCUGCUAUGGAAUUCACGUCUAUGGGAUGAUAAAUGACACCUACUGCAAGUCAGAAGGCUUUCGUAAAGUUCCCUACCACUAUUAUGAGCCAGGAAGAGACGAGUGUGAGGAAUACUUUCUGCAUGAAAAUGCUCCAUAUGGAGGCCACAGGUUUAUCACGGAAAAGAAAGUAUUUGCUAAAUGGGCAAAGAAGCACACAAUAAUAUUUACACACCCCAACUGGACAGUGUCUUGAUACUGGUUUUCUUAACUCUCCCUUAACAGCAUAUUACAAAAAUGCCUCAGUUUACAAUAAUUUUGCUUACAUCUGGCUGGCCUUUCUCAGCCUAGGUAACACUAAACUAAAAACUAAAAGACAAAGAGGGUGAUGGUUCAGCUGUUAAGCAAAAUUAAUCAAUCUCUGGAAGGCAGACACAUUGUUUGUUAUUUCUUAGGGUUUUACUCCACACGAUGCACUUUAUACUUAAACUGGAUUUUACUUCAAGGCAGUAGCAGUUAAAGGCAGAUGAGAUUUCUGUAUGUGCAGGUGCACGCAGAGAAUACGGUGGUCUUUUAAAACCUGUCCAUCACCUUAGUUAAUUAAAAUUAGUAUUUGCAGCUCAUUUGCAGUACUGCAGCACUAGUUCCAUUUGUGGUAUUAGUAGAAAUUUUCCACACAAGAAAUAUGAGGAAAAAUAUAGACCUCCAAGGUCUAUGAGUGAGUAAAUUUUAAAAAAUACCCGAAUACAUUGCUAUAUUUGAGCACUUGCAUAUAUGGUAAAAUUAGAGAUGAGCUAAACGUGUUCUUGAACUGCACGCAGCUCUCACAUGAGAAUAUAUUAUUUACUCAAGGCUCCUGAUUAAUUCAUAACUUCUGAAAUGCAGCUUCCUUCCACCCUGAUCAGGCUGCACCGUCUUGGAUUAUGUGCUUUGUAAUUUUUGAGGCUGUUGUCCCACAGUUUAGCUCCAGCAGCGUGGCACUUAGCAAAGACAGUGUUUUGCAGCCCAUGAUGAACCUUUGGCUGUCGUACCAAGCCUGCUGUCAGUACGCAAGCUGAUUAGUGUAAAGUUGUCUCAUGAACAUCUCCAUUUGCUCCAGUUGUGCCUUUGAGUUGGUCCACCAUCCAAAUACCGAUAUUUUGACAGUAUUUCCCAUGUGGCCAUCAUAAUUCAUUUUAAAUAUCCAGUUUCUCCAUCUUUUAAAAUGGGGAUAGUAUCUACCUACCUCACAAGGGAGUUGUGAGGAUUAAUUUUAGUCCAUAAAACACUUCCCUGAUGAAGAAUGCUACAGAGCAUUUAUUCUUAACACAAAAACAAUGGUACCUGUCAUUUAUUCCUGUCUGUUGGGUAUUUGAAGAAAGUGACAGCAUGUCUGGAUCUGAUGGAGAAUUGUUCUGUUCAUCCGCUUUCCUACUGAGGAUAAUUUGUAAUACUGCGUUCUCUCAGCUUGCGUUGCUUCAGAUGGAGUUGAAAGAACUCACCACCUUGCAGUAUUAUCUGCACAUCAAGAGGCAGUUCAAGAAUUUUAAAAUAUGCUCAUCUCUAGUUGAAAUAUAUAUUCCCAAGCUUAUUCUCAUGGAAAGUUUUCAACUGCAGCAGACUCAUUUGUAAUAUGACCAUAAUUCAACUAUACAUGUGAGUUUUAUUUAAACUGUAUUUAAAUUAAUGCUGUAAGUUUAGAAUAUGUCCUAUGAAUAUUUUAACAUCUGGAAUGUCAGAUUUAACACUGUAAUAGCCAAUACUGUGAACACUUGAAAGAAUUAUGUGUGGAACAUGACACACAGGGUUUACUCACACUACUUAAACAUUAACCAACAGGAAACUUUGUAUGCUUUUGUAAAUCAUGAAAAGGGGAAAGUAAACAGCUAUUUUUACAUGUAAGUAUUUGUAUACUGACUCUUUGCUAUUGUAUAUUUGUAUAUAUAAAUCUAUAUUUUAUAUGUUCAUGGCAUAUAUAUUCUCUUAUUAGCAGCUGCAACUCUUAGGAUAGGGAGGAAAUCUGUUAACCAGUGUUCCUCCUCCUGAUCAUUGGUUUCUUGUUCCUCUUGGUAGGUGAUGGUAGGUGAUCAUCUCUCUUGCUCCUUCUAUUUUCUACAAUAAAUGCAGCUUUCUGAUUUUACUUUUAGUAUAGCUCAGAUUUCACUGCUUACUUUAGUGCUGUAAGUGUUCAUGCUGGUUGUCAGACAAAGGCUGGGGCCAUGCUUAUGAUCCUGGAUAAACAUCUAUAUUCAAAUACAGGCUCUGUCCAAGAUUUCUUGUGUGGCUUGAUGUCUCACCUUCCUGUUCGGAAAAGGAGAACAAUAAUAUUUCCCUACUCCCUGUCUUGACUGACUUUCUUGUAAGCUCUUGAGGCAGAUAGUCUCAUUUGCAAUGUAUUUGUAUAAUGCUUUGCAGAAGAGGUGACCAAAGAAUCUGAAGGCUACAGGCAAUGCUAUAAUAUAAAAAUAAUUUAAAGUGGCUGCUUCUUGUCCCCGGAGUUUAAAAUCAAUUGUAGGCUAAUAUAGCAUGGGAUGAAAUCAAGAGCGGGAAGGGUCGUGGAUGAAUGAAAAGUUGUAGCAGCAAAAGACAGUGAGCUAGAUUUAUUGCCAUAUGCAUAUGCAACUUUUCAGUUCAGAUGGAUGGCUGGAUAGACGGAAAGCUAAUUAAAAAUUUCUAAUGCAGGAUUUGAAGAAUGCAGGACACUCAGAACCAGGGAGAAUGCUCCACACAUAUUGUACAGGGCAGUCUGGGAAAACCUACAGCUCCCUUGUGGGAAGAGGAGCUGAAAAGGACAAGAUCAGUCAAAUUGAACUUGCAUUUAGAAGGUCUUUGGGUUUAUAAAAAGUUACUAUGAAAGUGCUGCACAUGAAAGUGAGGUUGGGCUGGACAGACUUAGAUGAGGUGUAUCCUCACGAAGCAUAGUCUUUCACUCCAACAAGCACAGCAUAAGGUUUCUGCCUGAGUUGUGUUCACAUGCAAGGCAGUUUUUAAGCCUGUGAAAGUUUUAAAAAUAAUUAAGACUUGCCAAAUUGCCAUAAAUCUGUUGUAAAAUGUGUGCUUCAUAGUGAAGCUCUUUGUAGAGAGCUUGCGUGCUGUAUGAAACAAUAUCUGAUGCAAAGGCUAGCUAAGAAAAAUACAGCUCUAAGAACAGCUGAGAACAUCGUUAGAGUACAGUUGUCACAGAGCAAAGUAAAAGUGUUGCUUUCUGCUUGGGUUUGCAGUAAGAGCAGAUACACUUUUAGAAACAUUGCAGCAGGCUUCAUUCACACUAGAGUAAAUGAACAUCAGUUCCCUUAUUUAAAUGAGCCUGUCUUUAGCAUAAACUGAACACGCAUUUGCAUGAUUUUUAUUAUAUGAGUAAGGAACUGUGACCGCUGAGUUAAAGAUGAUUCUACAAAGAAAUUACUUCAUCAAAAUCUUUUAAAAAUCAGCACUGUGGUACUGAAGAAAGAGUCUCACUACUUGGCUGUGUAGUAAGAGACCUUGAUGAUUCACCUUCUGAAAGCAGUUAAGACAUCAGCUGAGAAUCAUUUAUUAAUUCUUUAAAAUAAAGCCUACUACAGUUUACCUGAAUGUAAUCAGAUCCUAAUUGCUUAUUCAUUCAAGCAGUCCUAUUUUAAUCAACUACUCGUGUAUAAAACAAGUAGGGAGUUUACCUGAGGUUUUCAAAAUAGAUCUUCACAUUGCUGCUAAUAGAUGAAUACUCACAAAUAAUUUGGCAGGUUUUUUGCCAUCAAUCAGCUAAGUAGUCACCAAAUGUUUUCUUUUACAAUUUAGUUAGUCUUGAGGAGAAAAAAACAAAAGGCAUUUAUUGUUUGGCUUGCUGUAGCCUUGGUUUUAAUGAACGUUUAAAUUUUAAUAUGUUUCAUGUUGCAUUACCUUUUGAUUUGCUUUUUUUUUUCAAGGAGAAAAAAGUUCUAAAUAGGAGCAGAAAUUUUCCUAGGGAAAAAAAGAAUCUUUUUGACUGGCUAAUUACUAAUUCACAGGUAAUUAAAUGAAUAACAUAAAAACCUGGGUUUUGUUUUUCCAAAGAAACACAGCAGACAUGAUCCCAACCUUCUCAUCCCCACUAGAUGUCCAGAUCACAUCCCUCUGCUUAUAUCAAGGCCUCCUCACAGAAAGAAAAAAGAAGGCUAUGUAUCCAGCCAAAUUCCCUUUCCAUCUGGGCUGGGAGGCUCCAUCUGCAGACUGCUUGUAUCAGUUACAUGAAUAAGUGGGAAGGACUGAGGAAGAGUUCUACUUAGGAGCAGAUGGUGUUCCAACUUCUAUAAAAUGUCCCUAAAGUGCUUUAGGAGAGGAGUACCCAUUGAUCUCUCCUGGAAAUACUUUUCCAAAGUAUUCUGUUUCUUCAAAUGCCUUUAGCUCAUGUGUAGAACUGUUGUCCUACUCUCUCUAGUAGGAAUUACCAGCAAUGAGAAAACAUGCCCUUCACAGGAAAAAUUAAGGCCAAAUUCUGUAUUGUUGAAGAUUUCUGUAUAAACAACACCAGGGAUGAAGAAGUCAGCCUGACGCAGCUUAUCUGAAGACUCACUGAUUUAGGAAUCUAUGAGGACUCAAUUCAAAACUGAUGGAAAUCACUUUGGCAAGUUCAUGAAUACAGCACCCAUCCCAGUAAAGUCUUUGCAUUCCUGGGUACUAAGGUAAGCAGUGUUUUGUCUAAGAGGUAUCAUAUGUGCAUAAUGCAUUGCAUGCCUAAUAAAGAGCAGCCCAUCCAACACUUGGAGAGCUGAUGGAGAUGGUCUUUAUUCACCUGCUUGUGGGCUGGACAAAAGUAGGACUCCACACAAAGAUAGCUGGCAGCAGAGCACAGAUGCUCAACUAGAGGACAUGUCCAGGUAAGAAAGAAUUAAAUUGACUCAAAUUAUAACUGUAUAGUGCCCUUAGGAAGUAGAAAAUCACAAGCACUCUACAUACUGGUGUUUAUAUUUUGCUGACUGUUUUUUCCUGCAUAUAUCUCAGAAAUAGCAUAUGUCUUGAGUUCUGCUUGAGCAAGUCCGGGGUUUGUUUCUGAUGAACCUUCGGGUACCCACAACAUGAAACUCUGUUAGUGCCAAAGUAUCACACAGGAGCUGUCUGUGGGUACUGCGAUGUACUGUUGUCAACAGAGAGUAUGUACUUACUGAAAAACGCCUAGUCUUCCUAACUAAGCGUAGUUCUUUUGAGGAGAAAGUGUUUCAUUUUCAGUAGAUGUGUCUCAUUCUGCUCCUUCUUUUCUGAGAGGAUGCAGCGGAAUGUGACUUAACCAUGGGAUGGUGAAGAAUUAUAUGGUAAAUAGCCAACUACCAGAUUCAUAUAUAUUUUCUGGCUAUUGUUGUGACAUAUAGCUAGUGACACAGGCAAAAGCAAGCUUUUUGUAAACCGUGUAUUGCAUAAUCUACAGAAGUCUCAUGUGUCUGUUCUGGAUUGGAGUCCUAGGGGAGAAAGGGGCUGAAAGAGAAAGAGAGGGUCUCUCUCCAUUUAAAGACAGGGCUUCUGCGGAAGCUGUCCCUGGGCCUGCUCCCCCAGCUUUCACAGGCUCCCCUUUGGGCCCUUUCCAGCCCCAUUGGAUGUAGUAUGUUCUCCAGCUUGUGAGGUGCACAAAGUCUGCCCCAUCCUCCCCUUUUGUGGGGCCAGGGGAGUGGUGAUGCUAACAUGGGGGUGAGGAGUGGUGAAUGCCAGAGCAGGGACGCUCCCUCAAGUCAGGAGCACAGAUCUUGCUUGAGGCACAGCCUCACCUCAGGUGCUGAACUCAGUUUCUUUGAAUGCAGUGGGAAAGAUAUCACUGGGUUUUGUUAUUGUUUGUAAGACCAACUCACAAAGAGUCACCGUUUUAUGGCUGUCCUACACAGCUGAUUUUGCAUCUUUUUUGCAUUGCUUGCUGUUAUUUCUGGGAAUUCCUCAAGAUAUGCAGCUAUCAGCAUCUGCCACUGCUGUUCUGAUUUACUGGCCAUUAAGAGACUGUAAACUUGAACUAAUGCAUGUUCUUACCAUGUAUUAUGCAUGAUAGCAUGUUACACAUCUUAUUCUCGCACUAUAAUAAAUAAUGUAAGUUGUGUGUAAACUUAGUUUAAGUAGCAGAAGUGGUGCUUUUCCUUUGUCUCUUAUCAUGUGUUGCCCAGAGCACUUUGCUGGAUCUCUGCAAGUGCUGCUAGCAGCUGGCAGCAAAUAAAUUGUUGAAAACAGUCAGGAAAUGUUUACUAAAUUUGACAUUUUUCACUGGAAUACCAGAAAUAGUUAAACUUACUUUUGUGAACCUACUCUAGUGCUCACAGUCACAAUUCUGUGUUCUGUUAUAAGGAGAUCUCACAUCCGAGUGUAGCAUCGGGAAUGACUUUAUCAACACAGAUAGUGUCAAGAUGUUGGCAGGGCAGCAAUCAGAAAUUUUUGACAUUUAUGGGAGUAUGUUUUUAACGGGAAUUGCACAUGUAGAAGAUUGGCUAAGAUGCCUGUAGUUUUUUCAUAGUGUUGUUCCUGAAAAUAAUAUUUCUAAGGAUGGCUGGAGGGGAAAAAAGGGGAAAAAAAAAAAAAAAGACGUGUGCUCAUUGUUCUUUUGGCUGUUCAUCUGUCCCCUCCUCAUACACAGUCACAUGCACACAAACACCUGCAAACACAAAGACCGUCUAUAGGGAAAGUCUCUUUUUACAGAUAGUGGCAAGUAAGAACAAAUAAGACUAAUCUCUUACAUGGUAAAUAUAGGUUAUAGUACUUGUUGAUUCAUGUUUAUUCUGUAUAUUUCCAACGCCUGUGUCUACAUCAGUGAGGAAUUAGCUCAGCUGGAUCAGAUCUGUAGCCUGGAGCUGUUGGUGCUGAGGACCUGAUCUCCACACCAUGUACAUGGGAGUCUCUAGUUUGGUCCCAUGGGCUGAAUGCCACUAGUGGUUGGAGCACAUCUUUUAGUUCAUCCAAAAGGAAUCUAGUUCACAUCCUCAGGACUGCUCCAUUAUGUAAACUAAAGCUUUUUAAGUGAGGCUGCCAUACUGGACUGCCCCACAGGAAAGUGAAAUUCCUGUUAGCCUGUCUUUUGGCUAAAUAGGAGCCCUUUGUUGGUUUUCACCCCCUCAGGCUUUGCAUGGGUAUUUUUUUGCAUAGGUAUUUUUCCUUCAAAUCUGAGAUCUGAUUCCUCCUGUCAGACCGUGGGAAUCAAGGGGUCCUGAUUCCUCCUAAGAUUAGCAUCCAAAUGUGCUCCAUAUGUCAUGAAUGGCAUAGGACAGAAUAAUUGAAUAUGGGUACAGCACGGAAAGUGCUUCGUCUGAUGAAGAGUUAACUGUGAUUUCACUUGUGGAUGUGAUUUUUAUCAUGAACAUGCUGGAUGCUUGCUGCUGCACACAUUGUGUUUAUAUAGUGCAUUACCCGUAAAAAUUCCCUUCAUCAUUUUCCCAGGGUAUUUUUGUUCUUGUGGCCUUCCAGUUGUAUCUGUAUAUAUGUGCAUGUAUAUACAGUGUACAAGCAUUCUUCUGUUCUUAGACAGUUGCUGCUAUAUGCUGCUAACAUAAACUUAUUUAGAAAUUUCAUGUUAUUCUAUUUAUUACAUGUAUUCUUUGGUUGCCUUGUAACGCUGACAAGCGUAUUCAUAGUAGAUAUCACUGUAGACUUAGAAAACUUUCAUACUAUUUAUACUUACUUUAGAUGUUCCGUCAUGUGUUUUCUUGCUAUAUGCUACUCAGUUUUUGCUCUCAUUUGAAGAAUGUGCUUCUAUGUACUUGCAAACUUGUG